AUAACUGACUCAGCUGGGCACAUUCUGUAUGCGAAGGAGGAUGCCACUAAGGGCAAGUUUGCAUUCACCACUGAAGACUACGAUAUGUUCGAGGCCUGCUUUGAGAGCAAGCUUCCUGUGGGAACAGGGAGGAUGCCGGACCAGCUCGUGAUUCUGGAUAUGAAGCAUGGAGUUGAAGCAAAGAACUACGAGGAGAUUGCAAAAGUGGAGAAGUUGAAGCCUCUGGAAGUCGAAUUGAGGCGCCUGGAAGAUCUUUCAGAGUCCAUCGUUAACGACUUUGCCUAUAUGAAGAAACGAGAAGAGGAGAUGAGGGAUACAAAUGAGUCAACGAACACCCGGGUUCUGUACUUCAGCAUUUUCUCCAUGUGCUGUCUCAUCGGACUGGCCACCUGGCAGGUUUUCUACCUGCGCCGCUUCUUCAAGGCCAAGAAACUGAUUGAGUAAAGGAGCAAGUCCUCCUCCCCCUCCUCUCAGACCCAGCUGGACACCGCUGGGACGCAGCUGUGGCCCCCUGGAACCAUGUCACAGAUGAUACCUGCUGAUCGGAGCUUUUCUGCAGGAACUUGGACCCUAAAGGGGGAGGGGAGCCUAAACAUUGGAGGCAACGGGGGACUUGUGAAAUCCUGUUGGAUGUAGAGGGUGGGGGAGGUUGUGAUGGGUUUGGGUAUUCCUGGGGCAGUGAUUAAAUAAUAAAAAAAAGAUGUUUCCAUGACAGCUGCAGCAAGUUUUUUGCGCUGUCUGUUCUCCUUUUAUAAUCUUGGCUUGAUGAUGUCUCCCAUCUGUCUG